AGACCUUCUUCAAGAAAUUGUUAUAGCAAAAGACAAUGGGUUUUCAUUUAAUAAUAACGAAGAUAUUGAACCAGAAAUAGAAAACAAUAUAAUAGAUAAGAUAACAAAUAGGUUAGAAUUUAGUUAUAGUGAAGAAAUAAAUAAUGAAGAUAAUGAAAUAAACUAUGAAAUAGAUAAAAAUAAAAUAGAUGAAGCAAAUAAUGAUAAUAUUGAGAUAGAUGAAAUAAAUAAUGAAGAUGCCAUAGAUGAGAUAGCACUAUUAGUUUUUGAGUUCCUUGAUGUUGAGUCAGCAAAUAGUGAGGAUUUGCCAAAUUUUCCAAGUGAAGAAUUCAGUGACUUUAUGAAGUUAGUUAUUAAAUGGAAUUUGUCAGAUUUAUGUAUAAAUGAAAUAUUUCAUUUUUCAAAAAAAAUAGCACAUAAUAAUAUUAUUUUACCUACCUCAAUACAACAAGGGAAGCAGUGUUUAGACAAAAUUAUGGUGCAACAUAUUUCUUUUAAGAAAGUACUUAUAGUAGAAUAUGAAGAUAAAAUAUACUAUCUUAAUUAUCGUUCAAUUUUUGAUGCUAUUAAAGAAUUGUUAAGCAAUGAAGAUAUACUUAAUUAUUGUGUCUUUGAGUUUACACUAUUGUACUACCAAGGGCAAUGGAUAUAUUAUGAACAAUUUAAUGAAAAAUA